UGCAGUUUUUUUGGUUUGUUUUCUUCCCCAGUGCGGAAGAAAGAGAGCUUCUCUCUUUGGCUCCUGCUCCCUGUGAAGCUGCUGCGUCGUACCGGAUUCGAGGCGGUUGCACUCCGUUAAAAAGGUUCGUUCCUCCGCCGACUCUAGAUAUUUUUCUCUUAAACAGAGUUAAGCCGAUGAUCUGACGAACUAGUCGGGAACCUCUCGUUGUGUUGAAUUUCGGAGCUGUGGAUCUUCUCAUCUCCGGUCCGUUUUAUGCGUUUAUGCCUGGGAUGUGGGUUUUCGAGAUUCGGGUAUGGCAAUGUGGGGGAAGGAGAUGGAAUCGAUGGAGGCUCGAAUUGGUUUAGGUUUUGGGAUUAUUGGGUCGGUUCUGUUGCUGUCCAACAUGAGCUUCACGGGUCCUUCAAUGGCUUCUGGUGGUAAGACUGCUAGUAAAGUGUUUGAUUUCGGGAAGACGGUUGUGGUUAAGCCCAAAGGCAAGCACCAAGCUACUGUGGUUUGGCUGCAUGGCCUUGGUGAUAAUGGCUCAAGUUGGUCCCAGCUCUUGGAAACCAUCCCUCUUCCAAAUAUUAAAUGGGUAUGUCCAACCGCUCCAACUCGACCUGUAACUCUAUUUGGUGGUUUCCCAUCUACAGCAUGGUUUGAUGUUGAGGAACUUUCGGAGGAUGCGCCGUAUGACUUGGAGGGCCUAGAUGCUGCUGCAACACAUGUCGCUAACUUAUUGUCAACAGAGCCUGCUGAUAUUAAAGUAGGCAUCGGAGGCUUUAGUAUGGGUGCAGCGACUGCGCUAUACUCUGGGGCCUGCUUCUCGGUGGGGAAGUAUGCAAAUGGCAACCCGUUUACAGCUAAUUUGAGUGCAGUUGUUGGAUUAAGCGGCUGGCUUCCUUGUGCAAAGAGAUGGGGUAAAGAACUCGAAGGAGUGGAUGGAGCAGCUGACCGUGCAGCAGCCCUGCCCAUUUUGCUAUGUCAUGGAAAAGCUGAUGAUGUGGUCUCUCACAAAUACGGCGAGAAGUCAUCUCAUGCGUUGAGCUCGCUUGGAUUCAAAGACGUAACAUUCAAAUCGUACAGUGGACUUGGGCACUACACAAUCCCUCAAGAGAUGGAUGAGGUCUGCGCCUGGCUAUCGUCCAAAUUGGGGCUCGACACCAGCUCCUCAUCACUAAAGUGACAUGGGAAAUGAGAGGCUGGAAAGAGGGAGGGUCAACAACCUGAUGAAACAAACCAGUGGAGCCAAAAGUUCUAGACAUGUAAGGCUACCCUUUGGUGGUUCACAUUAUUAGUGUAUUGUUACUCUGCACUCUUUACAAUCAUGAGCUUGAUGUAAUUUAUUAUCCACUUUUGGAUACAUAUAUUCUCUAUGGUAUUUUGACAACCAUAAUGUACAAUUGAAUCGAUUGGUGUACUUUCU